AUGAAUAUUCUGAAGGAGAUAAAGGAUGCUCCCAGAGAUAUUAGACUUUUAUGGGCAUCCGUGUUUCUGAGAUUACUUGCUUAUGGGCUUACCAACCAAGUCCUCACUCUGUUCCUAAAUGGAAUUAGGAUGUCAGAAGAUAAAAUUGGUUGGUUUAUGUCUCUGACUUUAAUCGGGGACGUUCUUUGUUCUUAUAUUUUAACUUGGUAUGCUGAUUCCUGGGGAAGACGUAAAGUUUUAAUUUAUGGCUCUAUUAUGAUGACUUUAAGUGGUUUAGCAUUUGCAUUCAGUGAAAACUUCCAUAUUCUAUUGAUAUUUGCCAUUUUCGGGGUGAUAUCUCCAUCUAGUGAUGAAGUAGGUCCAUUUAAAUCCAUCGAGGAAUCUAUGAUUGCCCAUCUGUCCCCUAAUCACAAAAGACCAGAAGUUUAUGCCAUGCAUGCUUUAAUUGGCACUAUCGGGUCAGCAUUGGGUGCAAUAAUGUCAGGAGGAUUCAUAGAUUUAUUACAAAUUUUUAAACUCGCAGACUCUGAUUUGCAAUGUUAUAAGUAUGUGUUUUUACUCUAUUCCUUUUUCGCCUUAUUAAAGGUUAUCGUGAUGAUGUCGUUAUCUGAAAAGACUGAAUUAGAUGGUCAUUAUAAAGAACAUUUAGAUGAAACUACACUUGGAGAAGCUAUUACAAACGACGAGAUGGCCCCAUUAAUGGAAGAAUCACAUCUUCAUCGUCAUUCAUCAAGAGAAGGAACAAGUAUUACCAAUACAACUACUACACACGGUAGCAUUUCUUCUCAUGAUGAUAACAAUGCUGACAUCUCGGAAGAUAGACCACCUCAUGAAAGUGGGCUAUCACCAGAAACUGUUACUAUCCUGAUGAAACUGUUGGUUAUCUUCAUGAUAGACUCCCUAGGAUCAGGAUUCAUGACAAGUAGUUGGAUGGUUUAUUAUUACAAGAAAUUCUUUAAAAUUAGUUCAUUUGCAUUGGGCGCAUUGUUCUUCUGUACACAGUUUGUCAUGGCAUCAUCGACAAUUCCAUCCACAAUAAUUGCAAGAAUGUUUGGGCCGGUAAGAGCUACAUUACUUGUGCAAAUACCCUCCGGGAUAUUCUCCAUAUUGAUCCCAUUUGCAAAGAAUCAUUUAUGGUUAUCCAUAUUGUUAUUAAAUUGUCAUUUUGGUACCACAGCAAUGGAUGUCACACCAAGACAAAUUCUAUUAACAAACUUGAUCAAUCCUAAAGACCUAACAAGAGUAAUGGGUAUUGUGAACAUAGGGAAGACAUUUGCUCGUUGUAUUGGUCCGAUAUUUACCGGUAUCCUAGCUAAGGACGGCUAUUUAUGGUUAUGUUUCAUUAUAAGUGGUGCGCUUGUUAUAACCGCCGAUAUGGUUUUAGCAUGCUCAUUUUUACAUGUUGAUAAAGAUAUCAUGAAACAAAUAAAUACCAGACAAUAG